CUCACCCUUGACCACCUGCCCAGUGGCACCGCCAUGCAGAAGCCCAGCGGCCUGAAGCCCCCCGGCCGUGGGGGGAAGCACUCCAGCCCCAUGGGCCGGACGUCUACUGGGUCAGCUUCAUCCUCGGCGGCGGCGGCCACUGGCUCCAAGGAAGGCUCCCCGCUGCACAAGCAGUCAUCCGGACCCUCCUCCUCCCCGGCCGCAGCUGCUGCCCCCGAGAAGCCGGGCCCCAAGGCGGCGGAAGUGGGGGAUGACUUCCUGGGGGACUUUGUGGUGGGCGAGCGGGUGUGGGUGAAUGGCGUGAAGCCAGGCGUGGUGCAGUACCUGGGGGAGACGCAGUUCGCACCGGGCCAGUGGGCCGGCGUGGUGCUGGACGACCCGGUGGGCAAGAACGAUGGCGCGGUGGGCGGCGUGCGCUACUUCGAGUGCCCGGCCCUCCAGGGUAUCUUCACGCGGCCCUCCAAGCUGACCCGGCAGCCCACGGCCGAGGGCUCGGGGAGUGAUGCCCACUCCGUGGAGUCACUGACUGCCCAGAACCUGUCAUUGCAUUCGGGCACGGCCACACCCCCGCUGACCAGCCGCGUCAUCCCCCUGCGGGAAAGCGUCCUCAACAGCUCCGUGAAGACGGGCAACGAGUCGGGCUCCAACCUUUCCGACAGCGGCUCUGUGAAGCGGGGCGACAAGGAUCUGCGCCUGGGAGACCGUGUGCUGGUCGGCGGGACGAAGACUGGCGUGGUGCGGUACGUGGGGGAGACAGACUUUGCCAAGGGCGAGUGGUGUGGCGUGGAGCUGGACGAGCCCCUUGGGAAGAAUGAUGGGGCGGUGGCGGGCACCAGGUACUUCCAGUGCCCACCCAAGUUUGGUCUCUUCGCGCCCAUCCACAAGGUGAUCCGUAUCGGCUUCCCGUCUACCAGCCCAGCCAAGGCCAAGAAGACCAAGCGUAUGGCCAUGGGUGUGUCAGCACUGACCCACAGUCCCAGCAGUUCCUCCAUCAGCUCCGUCAGCUCUGUGGCCUCCUCCGUGGGGGGUCGGCCCAGCCGCAGUGGCCUGCUCACGGAGACCUCUUCACGCUACACCCGCAAGAUCUCAGGCACCACAGCCUUGCAGGAGGCACUGAAGGAGAAGCAGCAGCACAUUGAGCAGCUGCUGGCCGAACGAGACCUGGAACGGGCCGAGGUGGCCAAGGCCACGAGCCACAUCUGCGAGGUAGAGAAGGAGAUCGCCCUGCUCAAGGCACAGCAUGAGCAGUAUGUUGCAGAAGCUGAGGAGAAGCUGCAGCGAGCCCGGUUGCUGGUGGAGAGCGUGCGGAAGGAGAAAGUGGACCUGUCCAACCAGCUGGAGGAGGAGAGGAGGAAGGUGGAGGAUCUGCAGUUCCGCGUGGAGGAGGAGUCCAUCACCAAGGGAGACCUGGAGGUAACAGAGGCCCCUUCCCUGGGCACUCUUAGCACCAGGCUGCGGGAGCGCCUGCUCUCGGCCAGCAAGGAGCACCAGAGGGAGAGCGGGGUGCUGCGGGAUAAAUACGAGAAGGCCCUGAAGGCCUACCAGGCGGAGGUGGACAAGCUCCGCGCGGCCAACGAGAAGUACGCACAGGAGGUGGCAGGCCUGAAGGACAAGGUUCAGCAGGCCACCAGCGAGAACAUGGGGCUCAUGGACAACUGGAAAUCCAAACUGGACUCGCUGGCCUCGGACCACCAGAAGUCCCUGGAGGACCUCAAAGCCACCCUGAACUCGGGCCCAGGCGCCCAGCAGAAGGAGAUCGGCGAGCUGAAGGCGGUGAUGGAGGGUAUCAAGAUGGAGCACCAGCUGGAGCUGGGUAACUUGCAGGCCAAGCAUGACCUGGAGACCGCCGUGCACGUGAAGGAGAAGGAGGCCCUGCGGGAGAAGCUGCAGGAGGCCCAGGAGGAGCUGGCCGGGCUGCAGCGGCACUGGCGGGCCCAGCUGGAGGUGCAAGCCAGCCAGCACCGGUUGGAGCUGCAGGAGGCCCAGGACCAGCGCCGGGAUGCCGAGCUGCGCGUGCACGAGCUGGAAAAGCUGGACGUGGAGUACCGGGGCCAGGCGCAGGCCAUCGAGUUCCUCAAGGAACAGAUCUCGCUGGCCGAGAAGAAGAUGCUGGACUACGAGCGGCUGCAGCGGGCAGAAGCCCAGAGCAAACAGGAGGCCGAGAGGUUGCGGGAGAAGCUCCUGGUGGCUGAGAACAGACUCCAGGCUGUGGAGGCCCUGUGCUCCUCCCAGCACACCCACAUGAUUGAGUCGAAUGACAUUUCAGAGGAGACGAUCAGGACGAAGGAAACUGUGGAGGGCCUGCAGGACAAGCUGAACAAGAGGGACAAAGAGGUGACAGCCUUGACCUCCCAGACAGAGAUGCUCAGGGCCCAAGUAAGUGCACUGGAGAGCAAGUGUAAGUCGGGCGAGAAGAAGGUGGAAGCCCUCCUGAAGGAGAAGCGGCGCCUGGAGGCGGAGCUGGAGACGGUGUCCCGGAAGACUCACGAUGCCUCGGGCCAGCUGGUUCUCAUCAGCCAGGAGCUGCUGCGGAAGGAGCGGAGCCUGAACGAACUGCGGGUGUUGCUGCUGGAGGCCAAUCGUCACUCCCUGGGGCCGGAGAGGGACCUGAGCCGCGAGGUGCACAAGGCUGAGUGGCGGAUCAAGGAGCAGAAACUCAAGGAUGACAUCCGGGGCCUGCGUGAAAAGCUGACCGGGCUGGACAAAGAGAAAUCCCUGUCGGAUCAGAGGCGCUACUCCCUCAUCGACCCAUCCUCGGCGCCCGAGCUCCUGCGGCUGCAGCACCAGCUGAUGAGCACGGAGGACGCCCUGCGGGACGCACUGGACCAGGCUCAGCAGGUGGAGAAGCUGAUGGAGGCCAUGAGGAGCUGCCCUGACAAGGCCCAGAUCAUUGGCAAUUCCGGUUCUGCAAACGGCAUCCACCAGCAGGACAAAGCCCAGAAACAAGAGGACAAGCACUGACCCUGAGGGGAUACUGUGUGGAGUGGUCCAGUCCACACCAGAGCCCCGCGCGGCUGCCCGGCAGCACCUCCUCCAGGCAGGAGCCGGGACUGUCACUUUGGAGACAAAACAGUGUUUGUAACAAUAACGUACUCACCGCCGCGGACAAUCCCCCACCCUGAUCCCCGGCCAGACCAGGACGCUUCCUCAAGCCCAGCCUUCCACAGAGAGUGUGAACGGUACAGCCCCGGCCUGACCCGGGGACCUUCGGCCUGGACGCCCAGCAGCUUCUGGAUUUUGUCAGUGGAGGCAGAGGGUAUCCGGCCGGGACCUUCUGUCCAGAAGGAGCUGCCCUUAGGACCAUCUUAGCGCCCCUGUCCUCUUUUUCUGCCCGUUCUCCCUCGGGUCUCCCCAGAGGGGCCGGCGGAGGGGAGGGGGGCAGGGUGGGGCUAAGUUUGUCCAUGCAGUUCUAUUAACAGCUGUCUAGAAGCGAUGCUUUAGUGGCCUAACCGAGGGUCAAAUACAGCUCUUUCUAGCAAAAUCAGGCAGCUCUGCCCCAUCUGCAGGGGCACCGAUUAGUCUACUAACAGCCAGAGGUCCACCUAGCAGAGCGCUGGGAGAAGCUGAGCCGCCGGAGGUGGGCUCCUGGUGAUGGGUGUCCAAGAAGCGGUUUCCCUGGGAGCUUCUGCCUCCGUGGGCCUCUCAGCCUGCCCGGUGUGGCCGCCCAAGCGUGGCUCAGCCAUGUCCCCUUCCCAGCUUUCCUGCGCCCCUCCCCUCCCCAGAGUGGAAUUGUUGAAGUGUGGCGAGUCUGUGCUCGGGACAAUAAAGCUUGUGACAGGUCCAGGA